AUGUCAUUAACGCCGACUGCACGACCGACAAAUAGAUACGUCAGUUUGAAAGACAGUCGUCGCCCGCCUAGCACUGCCGCUACCUCUCUUCAGGAAUAUGACCCUUUAAACUUGCCAGAUUUAGCCAAACUUCCCGAGCUAACAUUGGAUAAUAUCACAGAUUGCAUAGAACGGAGAUACAAGCAUGGCCUCAUCUAUACUUGGUGCGGAGAAGUGCUCCUUUCGGCAAACCCCUUCACGAUUGUGGAUCUGUGUAAAUAUAAGUACUUCAGUUCCCCCUUCCCUUCCAGAAUCUCAGACGCUCCUCACCUGUACGCUGUGUCUGCACGUGCUUACCAGAACAUUCGAAAUUCGCAACAAAACCAGGUCAUUCUAGUGAGUGGAGAGUCCGGUGCCGGGAAGACAGAAGCUACCAAGUUGAUAGUUCGUCAUCUCAUGUACAUAGCUGGCAGUGACUAUGCGGCUCUACAAGACAGAAUUAUCCAGAUCAACCCGCUGUUGGAAGCCUUCGGUAAUGCCAGGACAAAACUCAACAGAAACUCCAGCAGGUUCGCCAAGUUUCUAUCCUUGUACGUUAACACCGACGGAAAAAUUGAGAGCGCUCGAGUCAAAGACUACAUGCUGGAGAAAUCUCGCGUCGUGCAUCACGCGCCCGGGGAGCGAACGUUUCAUGCUUUCUACUCCUUCCUGGUCGGUGCCUCUGACCAGAUCCUGCAGUCGGUUUUCAUCAGCCGCCAUGAGCAGUUUAGGGUGACUGGCAACAAUUCCUUCUAUGCCGGGGGUGAGAAAAGCUUGUACAAGACUUUCUUUGAACUCAUGCAGGAUGCCUUCAAGCUGAUUAAACUCACUGACGACGAGAUACAAGACAUCUAUACAAUCCUGGCUGCUAUCCUUCAUUUGGGUAAUGUGCUGUUUGAGGAAAGUGACAAUGAUUCUGUGAUCAUCAAGAAUGAAGACACUGUGGAAAAGGUGGCCACCUUGCUACAGCUGGAUGCUGAGAAGCUGACGAAGGUUCUCAUAGAACGCACAGGUAGACUCGGAACUGAUCAGAAUACACUGUACGAGAUCAAAACCCCAAAGAGCAAGACAUCUAUGGAUGCAUCGUCUCUACUGAAAACACCCAGCAGAGGUAACAAACUUGAUAAUGAGAUGUUUGGAGUCUCUCGGAGAACCAUUGAUGACAGCGAUGAUCCUGCGACAGGAGAAAUACUUGAGCUAUCCAAGAACAAGAAACAAGCAGACGAUGAGAGGGAUGCCACGGCCAAGUCUCUGUACGAGAGACUGUUUGGCUGGCUGGUCAGGAAAAUUAACGAUUCACUGAGAUCUUUCAGGUACUACAUACAAGCAGUCAACCCGGCCAGCAUUGGGAUUCUGGACAUUUGUGGAUUCGAGGACCUGGGGGUAAACAGCUUUGAGCAAUUGUGUAUCAACCUGGUGAAUGAACAACUGCAGAACUUCAUGAACAAGAGAGUUAUUGAGGAGGAGAGAGAACUCUACCUCCAGGAGGGAGUGCAGAUCACAGAUGUGGACAUUGAGAGUAUCAACAAUGAUGCCAUUAUCCGAAUGUUCAUGGAGAAGAAGUCUGGCAUCCUGGCAAUGAUUGAUGAGGACUCCAAACUUGAGUUUUCCAACGAUGAGAUCCUGAUGACCAAACUGAGCAAGAUGUUUGGUAAAGGAGGUAUCUUCAUUCCAUCAGCACAUAACUCUCUGGAUUUCCGGAUUAGACAUUUUGCUGGAGAGGUGUCCUAUGAUGCUCGAUCCUUCAUUCAGAAGAACAGAGACACCCUGAGUGAAUCCAUGAAAGCUUGCUUCCGGGCAAGUGAUAGCACCCUCAUCCAAGAUUUGUUCUCUGUACAAGAGUCCCACACGGGCUCUAUCUCCAUGGCCAACUAUCAGUUUCGAGGAUCCAGGAAACCAGUUACCAAGUACCGGAAAUUGUCAACAGAGGGUAACAUGUCUCAGAGCAUCAACACCAGCAGGAAGGCAUCACUGCAGCAGAAGUUUGGAAACAAGAAUCCAACUUUUCAGAGCGGGGAUCUAGCUCAACGCAGCACACACAUCAAGUUCUUCAGAGUCAGUGGUUUUAUUGGUCACUUCCUCAUUCUUGACUUCUUGUUCCAUGCUCAUGUUCUCCAGAACUCUAUGGAUGAGUUACUGAACGCAAUGAGAGGAGCACAUCCCUUCUUUGUCAGAUGCAUCAAGCCAAAUGACAUGCAAAUGCCAGGAGUAUUUUCCAGAGAAAGAGUGAUCGCACAGCUGCGCUACAAUGGAGUCAAGGAAAUUGCCAGGAUUCGAACUUUCCGUUUUCCUAUCAGAUUGUCCAAAGAGAUGUUUCGAAGACGAUAUGGAGAUUUAGCAGACCCCAACUCCAAGUCUGAUCUUUUCCAUGACAUUCUAUGUGUUGCCAGUAUGGAUGAUACAGACUAUAAAGUGGGCCAAACUCAGAUAUUUAUGAAAGAAUCUGUGCAGAAGGCAUUAGAAUCAGAAUUAGAGAAUCUACGACAGCAGCAGGAGCAAGAGAGACUGAGAGAAGAAGAGGAGAUGAGAGUGAAAGAAAUGGAUAGGUUUAAACUCAAAACAGGCAGAGAGAGGCUAUUAAUGGCUGAUGUAUUGAAGGAGGAACUCAACGACCAAAUGGCGAUCCUCUCUGUGCCAAUGGAGACGAUCGUGGAGACUUCUACCCCAGGAUCUCUACAAGAUGACUACAUCUACAACAAGACCACAGCAUCCUCUAGCACUGAAAUUCGCACAACAGCAGAAUCAGCCGGCGAGAGUUCAGAAGAUGAAACAAGUGUGAAGACCCCAAUUGAGGAAGCAUGGGACAUAACUCAGGAGCUGAACGAGGAAGAAGAACGAUACGACGUACAUGAGCAGCCCAUACUGAUGGUCAUCAAAUCCAUUGUGUAUAUUCUCCUUUUCCUUCUGUGUCUGGGCAGCUUCGUUUUUCAGAAGGUAAUUGUUGCAUACAGGGUAGCUUUCCUGUUUCUGAUCGUUGCUCUCUGUAUACCCUAUGGUCUGGGUUGGCUGUUUGCACUGGCCAAAAUUUGCUUUGGAAAUUUUAAAAGACCAUCAGUGUCAACUUGGCUCUGGGUGAUCUUCAUGGAGACCUGCCAUGCAGUUGGAUUGUGUCUUCUUGUCUUCCGCGUCCUUCCCAACCUGGACAUCAUCAGGUCUGUGAUGUUGCUGAGUGCCACCGCCAUCCUGCCAUCGGUGCUGAAGUUUGUGAUGUCCAGUUCGGACUUCCAGACCACAACUGGACUGUGUUUGCAGUGUAACUAUCAGGGGACAGGCAUCAAGAUUCUCAGAUAUGUUCUUGACUUCUUCAUGAUGCUCUUUCAGAUUUCUGUCAUCCCGUUGAUUAUUGUGAAGGGAUAUUUUGAUGACCAAAAUGGCACCUACAUAUUCACAACAGAUUCCUACCAUGAUGCCGAGAUUGUUGCUGCAUUUGUGUUAGUCUCCUGUGCUCACUGGGAGAAUUUCACAGAUGGCCGACUGUUCUGUGAGCUCAAGUAUGAAAACUGGUUCAAGAACGUCGUUCUGAAGAUCCGGUUUGAUUUGCAGAACGGUCGUCACUACCCACAUCUUUUCACCUUUUUGUGGAAGAUCGGACUGACAAUACUUCUGUUUACUAAUGAUAUUUUUUUCACAGCUUUUGUCGCAUUCUUUGCAUCCUUCGGAGCCUGUGUAUUCCAGAUGCAAGUGUUCUCGCUAACAAUCCCUGCUCUGUUGGCGAUGCCAGUAACAAUUGGAAUCCUCUACCUCAAUUGCCACUUCAAUUUUCUGGAUUUCUUACAAGAUAAUCGACAAUCUGGCCAAGAAAGUAUAUGCUUAGGCAUGCAGGACACAGUGAGCCUGGAGACGUACUUGUACCAUUUUCUGUUUGGCUUUGCCUGGUGGCUUUCUCUGGUAGUUCUGACACGACACAUGUGGAGACCAAAGCUGGACCGGGCUGCUAACAUUGCCAGACUGUUCGUCAACCCCAGCUACUGUAGUGUUCUCACUUGUGAAUCCAUUAUGUUGAAUCGCAUCCGAAAUCCAUCCAAAGUUAGUGAAUAUCCUGAAGUCACAGACGAUGGAGAUAUCAAAGUUGUGUAUUAUAAGGUAGGCUCUAAAGUUAAACAUGUAUCAAACAUUUCAAGAAAACUGAAUGAAGAUGAUGUGGCUGAUAUUGAGCUGUCUCCUCUGGGAAAACCUGCGGCAGAAGAGAACCCAGCCACUCCUAUGCUUUAUGCCUGUGCAACAAUGUGGCAUGAGACGAGGACAGAGAUGAUUCAACUGCUGAAAUCCCUCCACAGGCUGGACAGAGAUCAAUACAUUAGACGCCUGGUUAAUGAGAAAGUCAAGGGAUUCGACCCUGAGUUUUACAAUUUUGAAGCACACAUUUUCUUUGAUGACGCUAUGGAGCCAGACGACUUUGAUGAGCAAGUUCCCAACAAAUGGGUCAAGGAGUUAGUGGCUUGCAUGGACGUCGCUUGCAGCUCUGUGCACGGCAAACCAAUGAAAGUACACCCUCCCAUCAAGGUGCCGACUCCUUAUGGUGGUCAGCUGAUUUGGCAGAUGCCAGGAGAAAACUUGCUCUUUGUUCAUAUGAAGGACAUCAAGAAGAUCCGCAACAGGAAGAGAUGGUCUCAGGUGAUGUACAUGCACUACCUGCUUGGCUACAGACAUAUCAUGAUGAGCAAACAAGACGUUCUGGAAAAAAUGCAGGAAAUUAACCUGAAAAAGGGACAUCACGGCUUGAACAUCAAUGAGAUCAACUACUUGUUGGGAGAGGAAUCUGCAGUCAAAGCACAAAACACUUUUAUCCUGGCCCUGGAUGGAGACACCGACUUCUCUCCUGGAUCCAUCAAGAUUUUACUCGACAGAAUGAAGGAUGAGAAAGUUGGAGCUGCGUGUGGACGAAUUCAUCCCAUUGGAAAUGGACCUAUGGUUUGGUAUCAGAAGUUUGAAUAUGCAAUCGGUCAUUGGUUGCAGAAAGCUGCAGAACAUGUAUUCGGCUGUGUCCUCUGCAGUCCUGGCUGUUUCAGUUUGUUUCGAGGAUCUGCCUUACUGGACACCAACGUCAUGAAGAGAUACACUACAGAACCCACAGAACCCAGCCAUCAUCUACAGUUUGAUCAAG